AUGAAUUUGUGUAUGAAUUGUGCGGAAGGCACAACUUUUCUUUCUUCUAAGGAAGCAUCGGAUGAGGCACACACCGGGACGUAUAUAUUUAAAUAUGUGGACAAGUGCAUUAAAGAUGUUGGGCCACAAAAUGUAGUUCAAGUGGUGAAGGACAAUGCUUCAAAUAAUAUGGCGGCGGGAGAUUUGAUGAAGUUGAAGAGGCCAAACAUAUUUUGGACUUCAUGUGCAACUCACACCUUGAAUCUUAUGCUUCAAGGAAUUGGCAACCAACCUAGAUUCAAAUGGGUGAUUGAGAAGGCAAAGAGCUUCACCAUCUAUAUUUAUGCACAUCACAAGACUUUGGCAUUGAUGAAGAAAUUUACAAAGAAAAGAGAUAUAAUGAGGCCGGGAGUCACUAGAUUUGCAACCGCUUUCCUCACUUUGCAAAGCUUGAUGGAGAAGAAGAAUGAGUUGAGAGCUAUGAUUACUAAUAAUGAAUGGAAUGCAAGCAAACAUGCAAAGAGUGUAAAGGGAAAAGCGGCGGUGAAUAUUGCUUUGAGUGCUUCCUUUUGGAAUGGGGUAAGUAUUUGCUUGAAGGUGUUUGGCCCUUUAGUCAAGGUGCUUCGCCUUGUUGAUAGGGAUAGAAAGCCAUCAAUGAGCUUUGUGUAUGGAGAACUACUUAGAGCCAAAGAGGAGAUUAAAAUGGCAUUCAAAGAUCAAGAAGCUCACUAUUGUCCAAUCCUUGACAUUGUUGAUGGAAAAGCCCGUGGUCGACUUGAUAGUCCAUUGCAUUUAGCGGGUUACCUCUUGAACCCUUACUACACAUAUGCCAAUCCAAGCAUUGAGAAUGAUAAUGUGGUCAUGGAUGGGUUCUUCACUUGUGUUGAGGUAUUCUUUCCCGAUGACAUUCAAACUCAAAGUUUGGUGACAAAUGUAGAAUUGCACAAGUAUUUGAAGAAAGAAGGUGGAUUUGGAAGAACUUUGGCUAAGAAUCCGGAUCAUCAACAAGAAGAGAAGAAUGUGGAUGUGUUACUUGCUAGUGAAGCUACUAUGGCCCAAGGAUGGAUUGUGGAUGGUGGUGAUGAAGAUGUUGAUUUCGAUCUUACUAGUGAAGUAGUUGGAGAGGGAUCAAGAUUGGGAGUGGAUAGUAGCUUAGAGCCUAGGAGAAGUUGUAGAAUUCAAGAAAUUAGAGAACUUCAUGAGGAGAAUUUUGUAUCGGAUGAAGAGGAAGAAGAUGAGAUGGAUUUUGAGUUUGAGUCCGAUGAGGAGGGAGUACUAGAGGGAUAUGGAGAAGAAGAAUUUGAGGAUUAG